AUGGCGCGACCGAAAAGGAAACGCAACUCAUUGAGAACCAACACAAACAAACGUUCACGAUACGUCGAUUCGAGCCAAAGCGAAGCCGGCAGCCAAAGCGACACUUUGUGGGCAGCGGAGAGCAUUCUCGACGAACGAGUAGUCCGUGGUGUACGCAAAUACUACAUCCAAUGGCAAGGGAUUGACCCCAAGACUGGAAAGACGUGGGAACCGACUUGGGAGCCGGAGGAGAACGCCAACGACUUACUCGUCGCCCACUGGGCGCAGGAGAAGGCGCGCAUCUUGGCAGAAGUCCACCAGCAAUAUCCAGGAAGCGACAACGGACACCCUGAGCAACCACAAGAGGCACAGGCAUCGAGGCGCAUUCGCAAUCCCCGUGUGGUUGACAGCAGCCCGGAGCCCAGCACCGCAUCCUCUACGCCUUCGACACCUCUCGACGAUCGAGCCGACUCGGAGGGACUGCCCAGUGCCGCAGUGCCCGCAGCUCGUGCUUCGCCUCGCAUCCAAAUCGCUCGACGGGGUGACAGUCUCGAGAGGAACGAAUACGUGCGCUUCACGCAGACGCCAUCGUCUCAGCCAGCUCCGACCCCAGAGCCCACUCAGGACACCAAUCUCGACAGCUCGCAGUUGUUCGCAGCACGCCCACGACCUCAUCUGUCAGACAUAGUCCCCGACUCGCAGAGUUCCAGCGGCGAAGGAAGCUUCGUACCCACGACCCAACGCACCGAGGACGUCAGCCAGCAGAGCACUGAUACGAACGAAUCGCACGUGGAGGAGGAUCUUGCUGAAGAUUCGGGCCUACUUGAACUCAUUGAAGAAGCAGCACAACACGCGUUGUCGCCUGCACGAUCGAUACCCGAGACGAUACCCGAUACCACCGUAGCAGACUCGCAGAGUCAGCGGCAGAGACCUGAGGCAGAGUCGCAAGGUUCUCCGAACACACUCCAAUUCAUACAUAUUUCCUCACAGGUGGAACACGAGUCGGGCCCAGAACCGGACGAUACUCUGCAGAUUCAAUACAGCGAAAUCGAUCAGGGUGUUGCACAAGACGAGCAUCAGAAAGUCGGAACGAACGAGUUCGGGGCGCCCCAGGCUGACCACGCCGCUUCGCAGACUCACUCAGCACAAAGCGCACGCGAGACUACCCCAAGCAAGGAGACCGGUACACUAGGCGAACACCCUCGUUUGGAAGCAGCGGCUACGGACAUUACAAGGAAUGCUUCGACAGAGACUGUCGACACAAACAAAGUCCCGACCUCACUCAAUAAACCAUCUACACUAGUCGAGAACAGCCAAUCUCAUCUCACCGAAAGGCCCAACGUAGCUAGCGAUACACAAAUCUCCGACGGUGGUAACGAGCUGUCGCAACAUCAAGCUUUCCAGCAGAUCAGCGUUUGCGACAGUCAACCAAGUCUAAUUGAGCAUUCGGUAUUGGAAGACAACGAACAGUUCCCUUUCCAGUCGCAAUACCCAACAGCUCCCACAAGCUUGCGCGACACCGGCCCUCCCAGGACGAGUACUUGCUGGGUCCAAGCAUCCACUGCACCCCAUCACCAAGAUCACAACGACACGCUAGUGGAACUUCUCGAACCCGAAGCUGCUUACAGCGUCUCACCGUCGGGCCAGCUUCAAGAAGAGCUGUCUCUGCGUGAUCAACUGCUGCACGCGUCAUCCAGCCCGGAGCGCGUACAGAACGCGCAAGUAGUACCUCUUGAGGCAGAUCUGAGCACACAAGAAGAUACAUCUGAGAGCAUACGAGAUACUAUCGAGGAAGAGGUAACACAUCUGGCUAGCCCUGAGUCUCGUCACGACUCAUCGCAGGAAUCGCCAGAACGCCCUUCAAGAUCGCGGAAUCACGAGACCUCGCCGGUUCCGUACCCACCCAGCUACUCGCUGCAAACGCAAGCAUCUCGACUUCCAUCACGGCCUUGUACGCCUGUUCCUACCUCAUCUCUCUCAAUCAUGGCGGGCGAGGGUACCGGAGACAUCAUUAGGCGGCAGAUGCAAGAAGCCAUCGAUAAGCGCAUAGCAGAGUCUCGCCGUACUCCCAGAAGGCGUCCCAGGUCUUCGAUGACGCCCUCAGUAGUGGGAAAUGCGCCCGCAGCUACGCCUACGCCAGUGAGCAGGCUACGUGAGACGCAAGAGCCGGCAGAAGGCACUCGAUCGCCUUCCGCUGUGCCAGACCGCUCCCCUCUUGCGCAAGCGCCGACGUCGCUCCGGAAUAUCGCCUAUGCUCCCAGCAACGUACAGCCAGAAGCUCCCACACUAGAUAAGGUCAUGGCUUCACCACCAAGGAAUCAUCCAGAGCCUACUAUCGCUGAAGCAAUAAAGCCAUCAGAGCCUAUCGUACCGGUACCAAGAUCUCCCACAUCUGACGAGAUGGAGGUCAGCGACGCAGACGAUGAAGAUAGCGAGAGCCUCUUCAAUGAUGAUCUGCAGCUGGUAGACCAGGAGUUCAUCGUGCCCUUGUAUAUCUCGGGUCGACAAAGAGAUACAUACGCCCAGUACAUCACCGCAAAGAGGGAUCUGUUAGAGCCAUUCCUGAAGGAUCGUCACAGUCUCAACUCAGUCGAGGAGGUCAAGAAUGUCCUAUCCCAGCUACGCGCUAUCGAAACGCACAUGGACUUGGUAUUCGCUGAGGCAGAAUCGAACGCUUUAGAUGGUGAGGCUUCGGCAACGCAAGCAGAGCACGCAGCUAGAUUUGGCUUGGAAAACUCCACCAAAUUUAGAUUUCUGUCAGCGCUGUUCAAUGAAUUGCGGCAUUGCGAGCCGCAGAAACACGUUGUAUUGGUCACAGAGAGCGACAACGAGACACUCUUCCGCAUCCUUGAGACGUUCUGUAAGACAACGUACAUCAACUACAUUAUGCCUGGUAAAGAUCGGAAGGCAAACCUGAAAGAGGUGGUAGGUAACUUGUUGGUCACCAUCAUCCCAAGCGAUGCAUCGCCCAUCAUACAUGUUCCCGACCUGAUCAUCUGUCUCGACGGUGUGCAAGACGCAGCACAAAUUCGCAAAAAGAAUUGGGCCAAAUCACCUAAUUGCGAUGUGGUACCUGUGCUUCAUCUAGUCAUUCCGAGGACUGUCGGCCAUAUUGAACGGUACAUAACGUCCAGCCUGGAUCCCAUCGAUCACAUGCAUACUAUCCUAGCGAGCCUGGCGCAUGUUCAUCCUGAUGUUGGAAAAGCCAUCGAUGAACGCACACCACGAGACGUUGAGUGCGCUGAAUUAGUCUCCUACUGGAUCAAGAACAGGAUGGAAGGUGCUGAUUGGCCAUUGUCUUCUAUCGGUAGUGUCAAGGACGUUAUAGAGUAUCAGACGCAACAGACGCAACAGACCUCAGCCGACGCUCCUAUACCUGAACGUAGCAAACGUCCUCUGGAUGACGAAGAGCUCGAUCCUGCAAAGCGUAUGCGGUUCACUCCCCAACCGCAGACAGUACCUGCUUCUGCGGUGGACAAAGAGCACGAAGUCACGCAUAUUAGCGAUUCCAUGCCUGGCACUGCAGCUUACGAUUCUGAUCUGCGAACACAGCUAGCCCAUGCGAAAGAAGGGCUUCGGGAAGAGCGAGAGGCUCGUAGAGCAGGUCAAAGGGACUUUGGUGAGCAUAAGGAUAUGUGGGACAGGCAACAGACAGUGCAUGAGGAUCUGGCAAGCGAGCAUCGCCGUGUAAAGAGAAGACUACAAGAUGCCGAGGACAAAGUCGAGACCUUGACCAGGAACAACGCCACUCUCACCGAACGUCUCACGGCGCGUACCACGGAAAUGCGUGAGGUGAAGGAGAAGCUCAAGGAACAGCGGGAGACGGCCCUGCUUGGAGACGAUGCACGACUUCAAGAGAUCGCCAAGCUCCGCAACCAGCUCGACGAAGCGAACGAAAAGACAGAGCAAGCAGUGAAGAAGGCUGCGGCAGCAGAGCAGACGUUGGAUUACAUGAGAGAGAGCCUGCAGGACGCCCGAUCCACCGCAUCUACCGCCACUGCCCGAGUUGAAGAACUGGAAGCCCAGCACGUCACACUUACCAAGGCAGCUUCGGGUGACGCAACGAAGCGGAAGAGCAUGCAUAUCGAAAGAGUCUACGAUGACCAACAGCAGCGUGUCAAAAGGUUGGAAAUGGAGCUGAGCAUUACGAAGCGUACAUUAAUGACGAAAGACGACGAGAUAGCUCGUCUGAAGAGUAUGGGAGGUAGGCCUGGUGUCGGCACCAGAGGAACGAGUGCAACGCCUCAGCCCAAGACCAGGAGUAGAGCAGCUAGUCCCACUUUCACUGGCGGGCGCAUCGCCAACUUGAGAAACAGCUAA